AUGGACGAACUACUCACGCCCGUCAGCACGACGUAUCUCAAGCCCAGAGACGAGCCGGAGCUGCUUCUUACAGAGGUCAAACCCACUGCGCCAACGCACGCAACUGAGAGGAACCGCGCCGUGUCUUCAGCGGAAGAUGCUCUAGAUGUGCUCAAGAACCAGCCAGACUACGACACGCUCAUCGAAGUCCUCAAGUUUCUCACCAGUCGCAAGCCUGGAGCCGACGGUUUCCGAUUCCACGUCCCAGGUCCUAAAAGCGCUGGGAUUGUGAGUCUCUUGAUCUCUGAAAUCGCCCCCAACUAUUGGACACUGCUUCUCGAGGGAUCUUCCGACGAUGGUACACAUCCAGGAGGAUCAAGACCACCGGAUGCAGAGCUCUUCCUCAGUUGCCUGCGCAGCGUUACUGGCCUCAACGCCGCCAUCGCCCAGAUCAAGGCCCUAAUCCAGGAAUCGCGAGUCGGCGGUAAGGAAGCCAAGCGCAUGGAUGUUUCUUUGAACCUGAAAAUCCUUUUGGACUUAUUGGCCGCCAUAUUACAUGGCGACGAGUCGGUUCAUGACAUCUGGACCUCCUCGACCCAUGGCAUUUCUAACGUUUCCAUGAAGAAGGCCCAAUCACAGAAACUCGGUUCGCUCCUCGCCAACGGGCAAAUCGCUUCCGUUUCUGCCGAGGCCUUGGCUGUCAUGGAAAACGAUGGAGUGCGUCCCGAGGCUCAGUGGAUCGCUGAUGGUGUUGAGUAUAGCAAGUGGGUGGGACGCAACAUUGCAACCUGGGCAAAAAUGCAGACCAAGGAAGAGGAGUUGAGCUUUUGCUCUGAUUUAUUUCAGCGAUCUUUAUCAUUAAGCUAUUCGGAAACUCUCAUCAAGGUCGUCAUCGAUAGCCUUCUCCUCACCAAGAAGAAUCCUAGCUCAAUCUUCAUACAAGUGGCCUUCUCUCAACCUCGGAAUUCCAAAAAGAUCCUCAACAUCCUACUACACUACCUUUCCGAAAGGUUUCUGACUCACAUCACUCUUGAUGAUGUCUCGCAAAAUGAGACGGUGUCUGCCAUUGCCACCAUCAUCCAACGUGUCGCCAUGGAUGACGAGGCCAGGAAAAAUCUGCUAAUUAACUGGUGUGCUUCAUCAUCCGGUGCCGGUCUUGGUGCAGGGAUAGGCAUCCGACGUGCUGUUUUGGCAGCGCUGGCGCAAGAUAGAGAAGCAGUUACAACUGUGCUCGCGAAAAGUCUUGCCCAGUUUGGCGAUGAACUCUACAUAAAGCAUGCUGCGAUGUUGCAACAGAAUGUUCACACAGAAGUCUUGCUCCUUGCAGCAGGCUACGUAUAUAGAAUCUCGCCAAUCAAACUGACGAUGCUCUUGAGAACCGGUUCAUAUUUAAGCACCAUAUCGAAUCGAAUCGGCGCAACUCAGAUGAGAGCACGCUUUCUUGGUAUGGUCGUGGGAGAAUCUCUAUCUGCGCUUAUCGACAAUAAAGAAAAGAAACUAGACUUUCAUAUGGAGGAAACGGACACAGAUGAAGCGCAGCAACUGAAGAAUCUCACCAAAGUUUCCGAUAAACCCGAUUCAGUCGACCAUAUUCUGUCUGACACUCAUACUCAAUCAAUAUCCCAGCAUCGAAAGCCUGCUGGAACGAUAUCAAAAUUAGCCACGAGAAAAACAAAGCCGAAGCCGCCGAUCGCGACCGGAAAACCAAAAGCCAUUAUCCAGGAGAUUGACUCGUCCGAUGAUGGGGAUGAAGACGACCUCGUCCCCUAUGGUAAAGACACUGAUCCUGAAGACUCGGAUGACGAUGCAACCCUCGUUCAGCGAAACAAAAUUAAGGCUCCGGUAUAUGUCCGUGACCUCAUAACCUACCUUCGCGACUCAGAGACCUACGACAAGCAGGAGCUCGCUAUCCAGGAGGCGCCUAUACUCAUCCGCCGGAAGGCCAACUACGGCACCGAAUUGACCUCCCACGCUGACGAGCUGGCUGGGCUGCUCGUGGGACUUCAGGACAAGUUUGAGAUUGAUGACUUCAACGAUUUACGUCUCCAGGGAAUGAUUUCCCUCGUUGUCUCGCAGCCUAAGACAAUGGCGCCUUGGUUCGCGCGGACAUUUUUCGAGGGCGAUUACUCUCUGUCCCAACGGACAACAGUUCUCAUUACUUUGGGGCUGUCCGCGCGUGAGCUGGCCGGGUUUGAAGUAUCGAAGCAUCAGUCUGCAACUGCGUUUCCAUCGAAGCGACUACCUGAAAAGAUGGAACAGUUGUACCUCGAUUCCUCGAAUACACCCCAGGCCCUCUCGAGCUCCCAACUCAAAGCACUCCCAUCCAACGCCAUCGACACCAUCGCCCAGUCACUCACAUCCUCCUUUCUUGCUCCCCUCGCCGCAGAGGCUGCGGAUACCAACACGGGUCCCGAUGUGCUAAAGCUUCAGAGCUUUACGGCUCGGUACAAGUCAACCGCCAAGGCCAAGCCGCGGGUUCGCGCCAUCCCUAACACUACAGCCGCAUUGCUCGCCACGGCUUUCUUCUCCCCGCUUACAGCGCACUUCCAAGUCGCCCUUCGGUCCUCGAAGCCUCUAAUAUUGAACCCUGCUCUCCUGGCGCUUUAUCUCCAAACCCUUGGUAUCGUCAUCCAUGCCGCAGGCCCCUCGACGCUCUCGCUCCUGCAGCUUACUUCCGAGCUCUGGGACCUUUUACUCGCCGUGAGAGUCCAUGUGUUGGGCGAUGUGGGUGCCUUGAAAGGCUGGCUGGUAGCCAUGGCGUCUCUGUUGGAAGUCAAUAGAGGUGACAUGCAAAAGCUGUGCCAGAGCCAAGGAAGGGAAGUUAUGGAAACACGAGAAUGGGUGGCGGUAGUGUUUGAGAGAACUAGGGGAGAUGAUGGCGGAGAGGAGAAUGAGGUCAAGAUGCUGGCUGCAGGAGUGCUCAUCAGGAUCGGCGAGGCGAUUGAGAAGUACCAGGCACUGUUGAUGGGGGAUAUGAUUGGUUUCACCUGA